UGUCUUUCAUACAUAUUUCAAAUUCGCGCGCUUAGAGGCAUUGUCAACCAAUUUUGUCAUUCUAACCACAUUUUUUAUGAUACAAUCUAUUUUUUGUAGACAAAAUUUAAAUAAUUCGCGCGUUAAUCAUAUUGCAUUAGUAAUAUAAAUAUAAAAGAUAUAAAUUUUACAUUUUAUAUUUUAUUUAGAAAUUUAACAUAUGUUGUUUUUAUUUACACAAAAAUGACCAUCUCAGCUUUAGACAAAGAUACUGUAAAACUUAUAACUACUACUCAAGUUAUAACUUCUAUAUCUACCGCUGCAAAGGAAUUAAUAGAAAAUGCAUUGGAUGCUGGUGCAAAAAAUAUUGAAAUUAACUUGAUAGAUAAUGGAUGUACCUUAAUAGAAGUAAAAGAUGAUGGUAAUGGUAUUUCAAAUGUAGAUAUUCCUUAUAUGGCUUUAUCAUCCUAUACAUCAAAAUUAUGUAGUUUUUCUGAUUUAGAUUCUUUAGAAACAUAUGGAUUCAGAGGUGAAGCAUUACAUGCAUUGAGUUCAGUAUCAAAUCUUACAAUCAUAACAAAAACAGAACAAGAUGAAGCAGCUAUAUCUUAUACUAUUGAUCAUUACGGAUGUAUCUUAAAUUCAGAACCGUGUCAUAGAUCUACAGGAACAACUGUACAAGUUAAAGAAAUAUUUAAACAAAUGCCAGUGAGAAGACAAAUAAUUACAAAAAAAGCUAAUCAAGAUAUUAAAAAUUUAGAAUGUUUAAUAAAAUGUUAUGCUAUUUGCAAAUUUUUUGUACGAAUAAGUUAUAAAAUAGAUAAUAAAAUUAUAUUUAUAAAGCCUAGUACAAAUAGCUUUGAAGAAUCAAUUGCAUAUAUUCUUGGUAAAAAAAUAACAUGUAAUAUGGAUUGGAUAGAUAUUACAGAUACAGAUAUUAAAAUGAAGUUAAUGGUUCCUUUAAAAACAGUAAAAAAUGACUUUGAACUCUUUCAAUCUGAUUCUCAAUAUAUUUUUGUGAAUAAUAGACCUAUUAAAUAUAAAGAGUUAGAAAAGAUAGUAAUUAAAAUAAUUUUGGAGGCAUUUGGACAAGAAUUAUCUAGAAAAAAACCAAUAUUUGUUAUAUACAUUUUAAUAAAUGCAGCAAAUAUAGAUGUUAAUCUAGAUCCAAAUAAAAAUUUUGUACUUUUUAAAGAGCAGAACGUUGUUAUCAAUAUGGUACAAAAAUAUCUAGAAAAUUUUUAUGGAAUACAAAGAGAAGUACAAGAAGAAAAAAAUUGUGAUAGAUCAAUUAAUGAUUAUCAAGAUUAUUCACAAAAAUCACAUAUUAACAAUAUUGAAAAUGAGGAACCUAUGCGUAAAAAACAAAAAUUACAAACAGAAGAAAAAAAUGAUAUUUCUAUUAAAAAGAACAUAAAUGCUACAAUAAAUAUAACGAAUAACUUGAAUUCUGUUGAAAACUCUGAACAUACAUCACAAACUUCUAUAAAUAAAGAAAAUUGUCAUGAUGAAAAAUCUGAGAAAAACAUAGAUAAUUUUAAUCUUCAGUUACCUUCUUUAGAUUUAAGCGAUUCAGAUUCAAAUGAAUCACAAAAUUUUACAUUAUCAUAUUGCGACAAUUCGAAUAAUGAUAAUCUAAAAGAAAAUACAGAAAAUACUCCACCAUUUGAAUUAACACCGCAAUUUGAAACACUCAGUCAAUUACCAUUAGUAGAUUUAGGUGAAGAUUUUAUACUGGAUGAAUAUUCCAAUCUGGAUACAAAUUUAAAAGAGAAUACAAUGAAAAUUGCGAAUUCAGAAAUAUUACAUGAACAGACUAAAUCAGAUGCAAAAAAAUCUGUCACAUUAAAAGAAUGGAGUAAAGGACACUUGCCUGGUUUAAAGGGAAGUACAGAUAUAGAAUCUUAUAAUUGUGCUAAAACAAAUGAAUCAUCAAAUUAUGAUGAUAAACAUAAAAAUGUAUGUGAAGGUUUUCUUAAAUUUUCAAAAUAUAUUAAGUCUGAAGUAACAAAUAAAAAUCCUACAAUAACAGCACCACAACUUGCCCAUAUAAUAACUAAUCGGUGGAAAAAAUUGUCAUCUGAAGAAAGAGGAUAUUAUAGAGAUUUGGCACGUGAUGAGAAAUUAAUGCAUAACAAAGAUGAAUUAAAAACAAACAAAAAAUGCGUAAAUCUGAAUAAAAAUAAAAAUAGACUUCUAAAAGCAUUUGAAAAAAUGAAAACAAUGAAUAUUGAGAAAAACAAAAAUUUAGUUAUGAGAACUACUGUAUCUUGGCAUAUAGAUUUAAAAAAAGUUACUGAAAAAUUCUUGAAUAACUCUUCAUACGGAAAUACCAAUCUUGUUGUUGGAUUUUUACAUUCAAAUUUAUGGGUUAUUCACAAAUCUGCACAUAUUUGGAUUUUAGAUGCUAAAAAUCUUAAAAAAAAAUUAUAUAUAUCCGAUACAGAUGUAAAUGAGGAUAAUGCUGAGAAUAUAGAACAACUUCUACAACAAUGGUUUUUAACAAAAGAUGAUUUAUCAUUAUUACAUCCUAUUCAUUCGUUAUAACUAAUUAGAAAUGAUUUUUAAUUUAUAAUAUUAUAAUUGUUUUUUAAAUAAUAAUUUUACUUGAAAAAAAUAAUAUUUAAAUAAAUUUUUUACAAAUACAAAUUUAAAAAA